AUGAAUUUUAUAUACCUACUUACGGGUUGGGAAGGGUCUGCAGCCGAUAGUAGAAUACUUCGUGAUGCAGUAACCCGAGACAAUGGUCUUCGAGUCCCCACGGGUAACUACUACUUGGUUGACAACGGUUAUACGAACGGGGAAGGUUUUUUGGCACCGUACAGAGGUAAUAUGGAAAGUACUGGUGCUCUGAAAAAAUGCACUUCAAGCAAAAACUGUGUCUCCAACAGCAGGCGCUGUUGGACAGUCCUCGAAGAGCAAACGUUAAUUUUAGGUUUGAAAGAUAUUGUGUCAAGAGGUUGGAAAUGCGAAAAUGGGUUCAAAACCGGUUAUUUAGGUACCCUUGAACAAUAUAUGGUUCAAAAAUUUCCCGGAACCGAUCUUAAGGCCUCUCCCCACAUCCAUUCGAAGAUACAUGUGUGGAAAAAACAUUAUGGAGCAUUAAGCACCAUGUUGUCAAGGUCCGGAUUUGGUUGGAACGACUCAAACAAUACCAUUGACGUCGUUGAUGACCAAGUGUGGCAAGAUUACAUUAAGACCGAUGUUAACGCCCGUUCCAUGCGGUACAAAUCAUGGCCGUUUUACAAGGAUUGGUCUCAAAUAUUUGGUAAGGAUCGUGCCACGGGGGAGCAUAAUGAAGCAUUCACUGAGGCCAUUAAUGAUUUGGUGUCUAACUCCAACAAAGGGAAAGAACACAUGUCCAACGAUGAUGACGAAGUUCCUCAACUGGAUCCGUCAAAUGCAGACAGUUACUCUCAAUACAUGUCCUUCAGCCGGGUUGAUGAAGCAACCUCCACAAAGACUAAAUCAAAGGCUAAAAAGCGAUCACGUAGUGACCCCAACGAUGGUGGUUACGCCGAGAUGGCUUCAAAAUUCUUUGAGAAAAUGGAGGCACAAAUGGCUGAAUUAGUGAGUCGCAUGGGGUUCGAGAAAGAUGUGUCGGCAGCUAGGAAGCAAGUUUUUGACGCACUAGCCAACAUGCAACACCUUACCUUUGAAGAGAGGCUUAAAGCAACUUCUCGCAUUUGCGAUAACCCCAAAGAUCUUGAUAUAUUCUUUUGCUUGAGUGAUGAUCACAAGGCAAAUAUGGUGCAAUUGAUAUUGGACGGACGUUACUAG